AUGUUUUCCUCAUCCGAGUGCAUUAUCUGGUUUGCUACAUUCCUUGCCGUGGCUGUUGCUAUAGUAACAGUGAAUCUCCUAUCAAUCAUUCUUUUCAUAAAAAACAGUAAUCUUCGCACUCGUGGCAUGUACUUGGUUAUAAACUUGACCGUAGUUGACAUUUUGGUUGGAGGAAUUUCUACUAUAAAUCUACUCUCAAUUAAUACAUACAUUGGAUGCAAAACUGCAGUGAUUGUAAGGUUACCUUGGGAAGGGAACAUAAUAACUUUUUUUAUUUUCUAUUGGUUUCCUCUAACCUCUCUUACAAACAUAACUGUAAUUUCGUUAGAGCGGAUUCAUGCAACAUUUCGUCCAUUCAGGCAUCGCGUUAUCAAAAAAUGGGUCUACGGGGUAACAAUUUCUAUGGUCUGGGUUUUAGCUGGGAUGAUAUCAACUGCCAUUUUAAUGCUUCACUUAUUCGACAAAGAAUGGUCACACAGGCAGUUUUUAUGGCAAUCAUAUUGCUUAUUAUGUCUUUCUAUUAUCUGUGCUUGUUACGCCUCAGUUAUUGUCAAAAUUUGUUGUGGGGCGCGUCCUCAGCACCAUGGUGCAGCCCGUAG